UAUGUAGUCUUGUGUGUGGUAGAGAACAUGGUGGAUGGAGGCGACAUCUUGUGGCAGAGGGAGUCGCCACUGUUUGAAUAUUACCCUGGCGUCAUAGUGACAUUCAGUUUGGAGAGAGAGCGAGAGAAGAGGUCCGUAGGGCCACCCGUCUGUGUGCGUUAAUGGCGGAUGGGGAAGCCGUUGAUUCGGAGCCAGCUGUGAUGGAGCUCUAAAGCCGAAAAAGGACGCAAUUUCUUGGCUACGUUUGCAUGUUGUCACAUCUCUUCUGAAUAUGGAUCCAGAGAAGACGUUGACGUUCUGUCUUGGGCUCAAGGCUGAGGAGAUGACAAUGUCCCUGAAGGGCUUGGAUGGUACCGAGGCUUCCACGGUAGCUGUUCCCCAAAAGGAAGCUGACCUACCCACGGUUUACAAGGUGGUGAAGCACCAUGGGAGCUCUGGUAGCCAGCCUGUGGUCAACCCCAAGUACUGUCCUGGUGUAAACAGCAAUGCAGGUUAUCUCUGUGUAACCGGACACUGCUGCGGAGAGACGGGCUGCUGUACCUACUAUUAUGAACUCUGGUGGUUCUGGCUGCUGUGGACCGUGUUGAUCCUUUUCAGCUGUUUCUGUGCUUACCGCCAUCGCCGGGCCAAGCUGAGGAUCCAGCAGCAGCAGAGACAGAGAGAAAUCAAUCUUAUUGCGUAUAACGGAGCCUGCAACUACCCGUCCUCCAUGCUGGAUCUCAGCUUCCUGGCCUCCUUCAAGUUGCCGUCCUAUGAGGAGGUGGCGGCACAGCCCACCACGCCUCCACCACCUUACAGCUCGGUCUUCGCCCUGCAGGGAGGCGCCAUGCUGGGUCCGAGCUCCUCGUACCCGCAUCAUCACCACCCCUACCCGCUCCAAAGUCACCCCUGCCCCCCGUACCUGGGCCCCGGCCCCAGCAGCUUCACCUCCUCCCAGAGCUCCGACAACUACACCAGCUGCUCCUGCGAGUCCUGCUCCUGCAGCACCUCCUUCUCUGUGCAGGUGACGGACGAGACGUAUGACAGCAGCCGCAUGUCCACGCCGAGCGACGCAGGCGGGGACGGCGCCCUCCCGCCCAGGGUGGGGGCCACCCGCGUGUCGCCGCCUCCGUCGCAGGCUCCCCCGGAUGUUAUACCAGCAGUCACCCCAGAUGUCAUUCCCAGUCAUGCUUCCAACGGCAUUGAGGGGCUGUCACGCCCAGCUGCGCCCGUCUCACUUCCUCUACGCCCCCGAAAUAACAACUUUCACCCACGCCACCCACUUUCACCCCUAAUUCUGCUUUCUUCCCUUCCCGCCGGUCAAGUCCAAAAUGGCGUCUUUUCAGACCCCCUCGGCGCCACGCUCACGGCGAAAGAAAAAGAGCCAGAAGGCCCGGCCCCCUCCUCCGGCCUUCCCCCGGAUCUGUCGUCCACGGCGUGCCCUGCGGAGCAAAACCUCGCGGAUGAGGACGAAGAGGACGAGGAGGAGGAUCACUUCAGCCACCGGCGCCUCACAGGGGAUUCCGGCAUUGAGGUGUGCCGCUGCCACGUGAAGCGGGGAGACCGAGAGGAGGAGGCGAUUAAGGAGAGGCGAGAGAGCAUGGACAGCUCCCUUCGAGCCAAGGGGGCGGGUCUUUCGCCCGCGCUUGACAACUGCGCCCAGCUGCACGACUGCGCCCCCUCCCCUAUGGCGUCCUCGUAGUCGCACGGGCCAAGAAAAGUCACCGAUCCGGAAGAAAGCGAGGUGUUUAUUGUCAGCGUCAUCCUCAUGCAUCAAGGCUAGUAGGUGAAAAGUCACCGAAGUUUAAGUCUUGGGGGGAUUUUGGGACGCCAGUUGAAGGCCACCUUUGAUCUCCUCUCGUUGUCACCAUCGCUCAAAGGUGAAAGUUGGGGAGAAUGUCAAACCUGAUGGUCAUGACUUCAACCUCGCCAAGGAAGAUAGGUAUCUGUGGUUUGCAGGAUUACACAAAAAGAAAUGGUGAGCACCAUUCGAUUAUGGUGAUAGAGGUGGUGAGAAUGUAGAAAAAUAGGUGCAUUUACAGAAUUUAUCUCCCGUCGUGACCAUUUUGAGUUGUCUCUCCCGACAUCCAAAUUGUACAGCCCCCUGCGCCCAGUUGAGUUCAGGACCAGUAUCAGUACUGUAAACACUCGUGCAGCCAGGCCACCUUUAGCGGGAGAUUCUCUCUGAAUGUUCUGAGCUCCUGUGUUAAUGCAGCCUGCUGACGUCAUGUGCUUCUGUAGACGGCAGACUAAUUAGUGUCGCUUUGUGAUUGUUGAAUGAUCAUGGAAUUCUUAGCGAUUUGUUUACUGUGCUGACGUGGGUUUUUUUCAAACUUGCAGCUCGCUGUAAAAAAAAAAAUCUGUAGAUUUUACGAUAAAAAGUGUGGCUGCUCGGUCGGCAAAAUGUUACCGUUUUACACCAAAUUACUGUAAAUUGAAAAACGAUACAAAUGUUAGUUUUAAAUUUAAAAAAUUCUGGUGACUGAGCUGCGAGAUUUUUUUUUUUACCAUAAACGCUACAGUGUACGAUCAAUGGAAAAACUAUACCGCUGUUAUUUUAGCAGUAAAAUUCUGGCGAUUGAGCUCAGUUUACUGUUAAAGCUUGGAUAUUUUUUUGGUAUUGCAUGAUUCCCUAAAUUAACAUAAAAAAACUGGACCACUGUUAUUUUUGCUGUUUAUUUUUACUGAGCUGCUAGUUUUUGACCGUAAAAUAUACGUCCGUUUUUACAGCGAAUUACUGUAAAUGUUAUUUUUAUGGUGAAAUUCUUAUAACUGAGCUGACUGUUUUUUUCGUAAAAUCUAUGGUUUUCUGUUUUUACAGUGUAAAAUCUAUAAUUGUUUUUUUUGUUUUGUUACAGUGCAUAAUUCCCUAAAAAAAUAGAGAUACCACUUUAUUUUAAAAGUAAAAUUAUUGCGCCUGAGUUGCCAGUUUUUUGUUUUUUUUACUGUAAAAGUUCCGCCUGUAUUUACAGUCACCGUAAAAUCUAGGCUCCAUUUUAUUUUAUAUUGCAUGAUUCCUGAAAUUAAAAUAAAAUAAAAACUAUCACUGUUAUUUUACGGUAAAAUUCCGCCGUCUGAGCUACUACACUUUUACCGUAAAAUCUACAGCCAUAUUUCCAGUGCAUUACUGUAAAUGGAAAAACAUUACUACUGUUAUUUUUACCGUAAAAUUAUGGCAACUGAGCUGGCAGUUUUUUAAAGUAAAAUCUGUUUUUUUUUUGCAGUGCAUAAUUCAUUAAAAAAACAACAAUACCCCUUUAUUUUUAUACUGGCGUCUGAGCUGCCAGUUUUUUACCAUAAAAUCUACAGUCGUUAUUUUUGCAGUGCAUU